GAAGCUGUCAAGUAUAGAGUUGGCCCGUGCGCACUGCGGCCGGGCGGCGUAGUGAUUGAGAUGUCAUGGAGGGUGACUAAUUGGAUAUCUUGUGGGCUUUUUUCAUUUCGUGCGCACUAUCGCAUCGCAAAGCUCGAGGCCCGGGGCAUCGACGAUUUCCUUGCGGCUGGGAUGACAUCGUCUUGGACGACGUGCGAGGCGAGAUAACGAGACGGAUUCUGCUUCCUUCCCUCUGCCCAUCACCAUCAGUGUCGACGGCGACGCCCACCCCGGAUUGAGAGAGUCGAUUACCUAGUGUGGAGCUAUCUGGAACGACCCCCUAUCGCGUCGACGGGCAAGCUAUCAUACCUCCGUCGGUCGAGCGCAGUCCCCUCCUCGCUCUUCGCGACGACUAGCACGAGGCUGGCCGUCCCCCUACACCGUCACCGUCGCUCACAUCCACAACCAGCACGUCCCGACAUGAUCUCUUUCGAGCCCACACCGUCUAUUCCCAGCCUUGCUGCCACUUCCGAUACCACCUCCACACUUCCCUCGACUUCUUCUACUUCUUCAACCGCCAGACCGACCUUCCGCGCUCGCGUCUCUUUCUCUCCACUGCCCGAGCCGUACCACUCGCCUCUCGAGCAAUACGUCGAGCGCGUAGAUGAUCCAGAAUAUGAAGAGGAAUUGCUCUUUCCCGACGAGGACGAGCCCAGCACGCCUCGUCCGUCACAUAACCGCGCGACUUCCCACGAUUCGUACUUCAACCUCUCCUACGGCACUGCCGUCCCUCCUGGUCCCCAUGACCCAAACCCAUCAGCCCCUGUCCCAAAAGGCAUCCUCCGUCGUCCUUCUCCAUCCUCAUCCCCCUCCUCCUCCCCGUCCUCCUCCUCAUCCUCCCACGCCCCCUCCGCCCCGCCUUCCCCCGUACCCUCAUUCACAUCCGAGUCCACCGCCUCAUCCUCGAAACUAUCCCUGCGCGACCGCUCAGACUCGUCACGGUCGCUCACCUCCGUCGGCUCGAGCUGCAAAGAUGGUUCCCCGCUAUCUCCCUCCAUGAAUGAUAAGCCGAAACCGAAGCCGGUCCCGAGGAUGCACUUCCGCCUCAUCCUCCGCAGAAUAGGCCUCCUCGCAAAAUCAAUGGGCAUCCGCGUCGACUUUGGGACGUCCUCCGCCGGGAGCGCUGCCGCAGCCGCUGCAGCCGCCGCUGUCAGUGUUGGAGGUGGUGUUGCGGCGGCGGGUGUGGAUAGCGUGGCCGGCCAGAGUCACGGUAAGAGGCUGGGGCCGAGGGUGGGAUUGGGGCAGGGAUUGUCGGGCGCGAGGAAGGCGGUGUUGGAUUUUAGGACGGUGCAGGCGUUGUAUAUUCAGGAUUUGAAUGAUGCGGAGAUGAGGGAGAUGUAUAUGGAGGAGGUGGGGAUGAUGAGGGCCGGGAUGAGGCCGAGUGAGUUUAGGGAGGAUACUCAUGUGUUUGGCGUCCCACUUCGCGACUCGUUCAUGUACUCGUCGUCGACGGUCGUCGUGAAUGGACGGAUAUUGCAUGUGCCUACCGUCGUUGUGGCGUGCUUGGACGAGCUUCAUAUACGUAUCCGAGAUCCUAGAAUAUUCCAAGACCCUCCCAACCCGCACCGUCUCAACCAACUCAUCCACAUCUUCGACAUUGCACCCCAUUUCGGCAUCGACACCCUCAGCACCCUCAGCACCCCCACCUCCCCCUCCGAUCCCACUUCUCCUUCCGACCCAAACCCCCCAAACCCCCGCUACUUCACAAUCCUCGACGCCCACCCUCCCCUAUCCCUAUCCUCCGAAUCCACCCCCGACAUCUGCGCCCUCCUAACAACAUUCCUACACUCCCUCCCUCCUCUCUUCGCCUCCACACUCUCCGCACAUCCCGCCUCCGCCUCUUCGUCCUCCGUUUCCCUCUCUACUCCUUCCCCUUCUCCGUCCGCAUCCCAAACCUCCCUCCACGCCCAUUCCCGCGCUAUGGGUGGAAAUGGGAGUGCGAGUGCGAGUACAAGGACACCUACGGUGGGCUGCAUAGUCCCGCCCCAUGUCACGCAUUCGAUCAUGCAAUAUUGCAUCGGUAACGCGCUCAAUGCGAACCCGAAUCCGAGGUUCAGGAGCGCGAGCAGUUCGGGAGGACGAAGGGGCGUGGAGAGGAGGGUUGCGGUGGGGACGAUGUUGUGUAGGCUUGUGCCGGGGGCUUGGUCUGGUGGUUUGCCUUACACGCCCCAUGACCAUCGGCAGCGGCAGCGGCAAGAGCGCCAUCAGCACUUAUCGCCCGAGGCUCCAGGGAAGGAGAAGGAGGCGAAGGAGAAGGAGGGACUAGGACACGUUGAGGGCGCAGGAUCCGAGUUUGGGACUUUCGUCGCGGUGUUUAGUUUCCUCGACCGACUCGCACGACAUCAACAGGGGCAAGGACACGCGCAAGGACCACCACCCUCGAUUACCAAUACCAAUACGAGGACGAGGACGAUGAGUUCGGCGAGCUCGAAAUCUGUCGUUGAUGCCUUGGGAACUUUAGGGGGUACGAAUUCGAGGCCUACUACGCCGACGUCAAGUUUGGGAGCGGGGAUGCGGUCCAUGAGUGCCGGGGCGGUUAGUGCGUUGGCUUCUAAUAACGGGGGUGGGCCUGGGUCACUCAGGACGAGGACGAAUAGUUUUGGGGGUGGGGGGUCGGGUCCGAGUGUACCGAGGUUUGGAUUCGGGCUCGGGUUCGGGAAUGGGUAUGGGUUUAAUUCGAUUCCUUCGCGGGGUGGUGCAGGAAGUGGGACGAUUAACGGCGGAGGGGGAGGAGGGUCGAAAUUGAAUCCCGCUGCCCGAUCCAGCAUCUUUGGAUCUCUCGCCCCUUCCUCACAUGGUCACGGUCCGUACGGCACCCACGGCCACGGGCACCAAGCCCAACGUUCGGACGUAUCGCUCGCCCUCGUGCAGCCGACCGUCGUCGAUUUCUUGAUCGGCCAUUUAGCGCAGAAGAUGAUGGGUGGGACGAGGGAGGAGGCUGGGUGUGUGAUGAGGUGGGUGGUGGAGCGGUGGGAGAGGAUUGGGGAGGGGGUUGUUGAGGGGGAGGAGGAAUGGGGGAGGAGGGAUAGGGGGUUCGGGAUUGGGAUUGGGAUUGGGAAGAGAGUUGAUGGACGGGAAGAAGGGGGGGAGGAGGAGGGGAUCGUCAUGGGAGGGAAGAGUGCGGUGGUGGGAUUAGUGGAGACGGAGGUGGCGGAUAGUGUGGGGCGGAGGAGGGGGAAGGAGGAGAGGGUGAGGAUUCCGUUUGGGAGGGGGAUCGUGGAGGAGGGGGAUGCGUUGGAGUUGGAGGGGGAUGGGAGUGGGAGUACGGAGAGUAGCGAGGAGGAUCAGGGUGAUGAGGAUGAUGGGGGUGAUGAGGAUACGAUUCAUGGACAUGAUGCGGCGGCGAGGGAGGGGUCGUCGACUCCGACGCCGAGCACUACCACGGCGGGUUCGACGGGUUCGAUGUUGAUGAUGGAGAGGAAGAGGAAGUCUGAGCUGCCGACGUUGAAAGUGACCGGGUCGACAUCUGCGUCUUCCACCCCUUCCCCAUCCCCGUCGCCAAUAUCGAAAGAAGCAGCGGUGAAAGAAGCGCUACUCAAGUUGACAGCGAAGAAGAAGGCUCACGCGAUAUCGACGCCAGAGAUGGAGGUCGGGCUGGAGGAAUUAGAUAAGAGUGUGGGGAGGAGUUCGUUUGAGAGGAUGGUAGAGAGUGCAUUGGGAGGACCUGACCAGGUGACAUUGUCGUUGGCGGACCUUACAGAGGGGACAGCCGCUUAUGAUCACUCGCCGAAUUCGAGUUCGAAUUUCGACCACAAUCACAAUCCGAAUCCGAGGAUGACCCUCACACUUCCUGACCAGAGGAUCAACAUGUCCACGAUACAGGAUCAAAAGAAGAUGUCGGCGCUGUCGCUGCCCGUAUCGUCGCCUGGGGAGGAGGAUAUUGAUAAGGUGUUCAUCGGGGACGACAAGGUGAGGUUGCCGGGGAAGUAUAAGCUGCCGUCCGCGUCUGCUUCGUCGUUGUCUGUGUUUUCGAUCUUUCCGGGGGCGAAGGAGAGGGGGAGGGAUGGGGAGACGGGCAGGGAUGAGAGGGAAGGGGGAAGGGAGAAGGAGAAGGAGACGGUGGGGAUUGGGAAGAGAUUAAUGAGGAGGAUGAGUUCGAUGUCGUUGAGGAGGUCGAAGAUUGGGUAGGGUGGUGGACUUGGAUUUUUUUUCCCGCUGUGUUUCGCACUCUGCUUCUUGUCAUCACUGCUUCGUUUUCUUUUCUUCAACUCUCCAGUUCUCUUUUUCUUUCUCUCUUCCUUCAUUGUUUCCUACCUAAUUUUCAUCUUCAUUCUCAUUCUCGUUCUCAUCACAUAUCUACCCCUAGACGAUCUUCCUCGAUCUUUCUCGCUUCUUCAUCCGUGGACUGUUUUUAGCUCUGCAGACACGCACACAACACAUAUACGCACAUAUACGCAUGCAAUAUCCCCACGUCUCCACAUCCCCACAUGUUUCCAACUACAGUUACAGUUUACAGUUACCAAGACCGGCCCUGCACUUAUCCACAUUUAUCAUUAUAUUUCGCAGCACUUUCAGCACUUUCCGCACGACAAACAGACAGCCAUAUAGACUCUAUAGACUUGGACUCUAUAGCGUAUUCGACACUUUUCCCCUUCGUUCGUUCGUUCGUUCGUUCGUCCUAUUUCUCGUACACGUUCUUUGCCUCUGCCUCUGCCUCUCCUCUCUGUCUAUGUACUCAUGCGCUUUACACCAUCUUGCAUUCUCUUCCAUCGAUAUCCUCUGCACCGUGGACUUUGUACCUCACCGCACAAUACGAUACGACACAUCACAACACACGCUCUCUUGCACACACGCUCACUCGUCUCUCGUCUCUUCAUCUCGUCUCAUCUCCCAUCUCUCAUCUCAACGACAAUUUACAUCUUGACGUCACUCCAUAUACUUUACCUUCGCCUGCCUCUGCCUCUGCCUCUUGUCCCACAUGUAUAUUGUACCUACGUACUCGAGUCUCGCGCGAGGCCUCCUCGUCGCCAGUCCUGACUGAUCUCUUCCUUUCCUACUCGUCUCUGUUUCUGUUUCUCCCCCUGAUCCAGAGUUUGUUUCUUGUUUCGC